AUGGGAGCUGUUGAGCAGGUUGCUAAUCUUGCUUCUAUGCCAUUUGAUUCUACUAGGAAACGGAAGUCGCGAGAAAGUGCCAAGGUAGCUGAGACUCUGAGGAAAUGGAGAGAGUACAAUGAGCAGACCGGGUCUGUUUCUUGCGACGAUGGUGAUGGUACUAAGCCGAUUCGAAAAGCUCCUGCGAAAGGUUCGAGGAAGGGUUGUAUGAGAGGUAAAGGAGGACCUGAAAAUGGGAAUUGUAACUACAGAGGAGUUAGACAGAGAACAUGGGGUAAAUGGGUCGCUGAGAUACGUGAGCCAGGUCGUGGUAGUAGGUUAUGGCUGGGUACUUUCCCUAGUGCUUAUGAUGCUGCAUUGGCUUAUGACGAGGCUGCAAAAGCUAUUCACGGUCAAUCUGCCCGGCUCAAUCUUCCUGACAUCACGAAUGGCACUUCUUCGACUGCUGCCACCGUGUCUGGCUCGGUUACUAACUUUUCAGAUGAAUCUGAAGUUUGUGCACUUGAGGAUGCAAAUGUGAGAACUGGGUUUGCUAAGGUGAAACUAGAGGAUUGUAGCGAUGAAUAUGUUCCCUUAAAUAGUUCUCAGUGUAUUAAAGAGGAGGUGGAAGUAAAAGAGGAAGCGAGGGAAAUUAACUCAGCUGAUGCUUUUGGAAUUGGACUGGACCCGAAAAAGGAGACGUUAGAUGAGUGGGUAGUGGGAAAUGGCAUUGAACAAGAACCAUGGGACUUAGGUAUGGAUGAAGUGUUUGAUGUUGAUGAGCUGUUAGGUAUAUUAGGCGAGAACAAUGUGAUUCGUCAAGAGACAUCGCAGGAUCAAGUUAAUAGACCGUCAAAUUUCACAUACCAGAUGCAGUUUCCAGAUGCUAAAUUACUCGGGAGUCUCAAUCACAUGGAGACUGCUAAUCCUGGAGUCGAUUGUGGAUAUCCUAUCAUGCAGCCGAGCGAAAUAGAGAGCAGUGCUAUGGAUUUAGACCGUCCCAGGUUCCAGGAUGUUGACAUACGGGACAUAGAUUUUGCAGAAGGGGAAAAAGAUGUUCAUGGCGCAAUAUAA